GCUCCGGCCUCACACCAGACUCUGCCCCAGCCCCGAUCGGCUCCUUCCCGGGCUCGGCUGCUGCCGGGAUCCAACGCCCACACGCCCCGCGGUGCAGCUGUCCCAGCCCGGCUGUCUGUCGCCUGCGCUCGUGUCCCGGGUACGCAGCCGGGUGCCCCUGGAUCGGUCCGCCCUCCCCGCGGUCUCCCCGCUAGCCGGCCCCUGCGCCCCGCUAGCCGCUCCCCGGCACUCUCGGGGGGCCCGCCCGCCCUGCACCCUGGAGCGCCGGGCUGCGAGCCUCUGCCACCUUCUCUGGAUCCUUGCGGCCGUGGGCAGCGGCGGCCGCGCCUGCCCGCCCCAAGGAGGACCUUUGCUGCUGCCUUGGUCCAGUAACUCUGGCUCUACCGUGCACCCCUUGGAUAAAACGGGUACCCCUGGAAAAUGGCAGACGAAGACCUCAUCUUCCGCCUGGAAGGCAUUGAUGGUGGCCGAUCCUCCAGGGCUGGCCACGACGGGGAAUCUGAAGCAGACAGCGAUGAUGAUGAAGGCUAUUUCAUCUGCCCCAUCACCGAGGACCCCGGAUCCCACCACAUUGUCAAUGCUAAGGUUAAUAACUACUACAGCAACCUAAAGAAAAGUCAGCAGAACGGCUCCAGUGGGUCCCCGGCCAGCUCCUUCCACUUCAAGGAAGCCUGGAAGCAUGCGAUCGAGAAGGCCAAGCACAUGCCCGACCCCUGGGCCGAGUUCCACCUUGAGGACAUUGCCACGGAACAUGCUACUCGCCACAGGUACAACGCUGUCACUGGGGAGUGGCUGGAAGAUGACGUUCUGAUCAAGAUGGCAUCUCAGCCGUUCGGCCGUGGAGCAAUGAGGGAGUGCUUCAGGACGAAGAAGCUCUCCAACUUCUUGCACGCCCAGCAGUGGAAGGGAGCCUCCAACUACGUGGCCAAGCGCUACAUCGAGCCUGUGGACAGGGACGUGUACUUUGAAGACGUUCGCCUACAGAUGGAGGCCAAGCUCUGGGGGGAGGAGUAUAAUCGGCACAAGCCCCCCAAGCAGGUGGACAUCAUGCAGAUGUGCAUCAUCGAGCUGAAGGAGAGGCCUGGCCACCCACUCUUCCACCUGGAGCACUACAUUGAGGGCAAGUACAUCAAGUACAACUCCAACUCAGGCUUUGUCCGUGAUGAGAACAUCCGCCUGACUCCGCAGGCCUUCAGCCACUUCACGUUUGAGCGUUCUGGCCAUCAGCUGAUUGUGGUGGACAUCCAGGGUGUGGGUGACCUCUACACCGACCCACAGAUCCACACGGAGAUGGGCACGGACUUUGGAGAUGGCAACCUAGGUGUCCGAGGGAUGGCUCUCUUCUUCCACUCUCAUUCCUGCAACCGAAUAUGCCAGAGCAUGGGCCUCACUCCUUUUGACCUCUCACCCCGGGAGCAGGACGCAUUGAAUCAAAACACCAAGAUGCUGCAAUCAGCCAAGACCACCUUAAGGGGGACAGAGGAAAAGUGCGGGAGCCCCCGAGUGAGGACCCUCUCUGGCAGCCGGCCGCCCCUGCUCCUUCGCCUUUCAGAGAACUCUGGAGACGAGAACCUGAGUGAUGUGACCUUCGACUCUCUCCCAUCCUCCCCUUUGUCAGCCACACCACACAGCCAGAAAUUGGACCUCCUCCAUUGGCCCAUGUUUGGUGACCUUGAUAACAUGGCACCCAGAGACCACGACCGUCUAGACAACCACCGGGACUCUGAGGCCAGUGGGGACAGUGGAUACCCCAGUGAAAGGCGGGGUGAGCUGGAUGACCCAGAGCCCCGAGAACAGGGCCACUCAAAUGGCAACCGGAGGUACGAGUCYGAUGAGGACAGCCUGGGCAGCUCCGGACGGGUCUGUGUGGAAAAGUGGAACCUCCUCAACCCCUCCCGCCUCCACCUGCCAAGGCCAUCAGCGGUGGCCCUCGAAGUGCAAAGGCUUAAUGCCCUGGACCUGGAAAGGAAAAUCGGGAAGUCUGUUUUGGGCAAGGUCCAUCUGGCCAUGGUGCGCUACCACGCGGGCGGGCGCUUCUGCGACAAGGACCAGGAGUGGGACCGCGACUCGGCGCUCUUUCAUCUGGAGCAUGCAGCAGACCUGGGCGAGCUGGAGGCCAUCGUGGCCCURGGACUUAUGUACUCACAGCUGCCCCACCACAUCCUGGCUGACGUCUCUCUGAAGGAGACAGAGGAGAAUAAGACGAAAGGAUUUGAUUACUUACUCAAGGCAGCUGAAGCUGGUGACAGACAGUCCAUGAUCCUGGUGGCACGAGCUUUUGACACCGGUCUGAACCUCAGCCCAGACAGGUGCCGAGACUGGCCCGAGGCCCUGCACUGGUACAACACUGCCCUGGAGACCACGGACUGUGACGAGGGCGGUGAGUUCGAUGGGAUGCAGGACGAGCCCCGCUAUGCGCUGCUGGCCAGGGAGGCUGAGAUGCUGUUGACCGGAGGCUGCGGGCUGGAGAAGGACCCGCAGAGAUCAGGGGACUUGUACACCCAGGCAGCUGAGGCAGCUAUGGAAGCCAUGAAGGGCCGUCUAGCCAACCAGUACUAUCAGCUGGCAGAGGAGGCCUGGGCCCAGAUGGAAGGAUAACUUGCCAGAACAAUUGCUGCCAGCUAGUCCCAAGCAAAAGGGCUAAGGGGUUGGGAUGGGGUGGGGGUGGGGUGGGGAGACUUAUUUAGUUUGAGAAGGAAAAGGUAUUUUUCAUGUGCUGUAAAUUGACUUUUGUAUUUUAUUUUAUUUUAUUUUUUUGACUCUUGAAAAAAAGGUCUUUGCUACUAGCAGAGACCCUACAGCUGUCCCUUAGGACAGUGUUUUCGGGGAAUGGGGAUUGAAAAAAAUGCAGCCUAAUGAACCAUCCUACUGUUAUUGAGAUUCUCCUUUUAUUUUUUACUUCUUGCUUUCUUAUCUUGAGACGCGUCAUGCUUUCCCACCAUGGACAAUAUGAGGCCCUUGCUCACCAGCCUUUCCAGGCUAGAUUCAAAUCUCAGGCCCUCAGAACCCCGUUUCAAGAAUGGGGAUGGGAAGUGAAGAGCUAACUUCCCAGGGGUGUGUUUUGUCCUGACUUAGUGCACAGCCGUCUUUCUCCGAGCAUUUGGGAGCAUGCAUGGUGUUUUUUGAGUGCACAUGCAGCCUCCCUUCUAUCCUGGGGCAGGGGCCUGCACAUUGAUUAAUUUCUAACUUCAUAGUUUCGUUUCCUCCUGCCCUGAGACUGAUUUUUCUGGAAUUCCAGCCAAAUUCCGUUUUUGAAGCAUGCUUUCUUCCUAUGGGCUUUACAAAACAGGUUUAAUUUUUUUUUUUUUUGUAUGUACACAUUUACUACCUCUAACUUGUACAUGAAUACUUGGUGUGGAACAGGAUGCAUCUUAAAGCUUUAAUGUAUGAGGACAGCAGCUUGGAAUAUGGGGGACUUUGCUCCAAGCAGAAUAUACCCUGCUUCCUAGUGGCAACAUCCACACAGUGACUAAGUGUCCCUGGUGCAGUAUCCCUCAGCAUUUUCUUGCGUGAAGCUAUUCUUUUAUAGAAUCUGCUCCCCAGCCCCCACUCUUGGCAUUUUCUGCUCCAAGCUGGGCUGAUUUUCUUGUGAUUUGCAGCUUGGCUGCUUUCAACAGCAGCCCCUUGAGAUUUACUAAAGAUGUUUGAGGAUGAGAGGGCAAGAACUAUAAACACUCAUUAGUUCUAGAAGUUUCCCCAGGGUCAAGCUACAAUAUCUUUAUUUAAUGAGCUUUCUCCUUACAAGGAGUUCCUAUUUAAUGCUAGUGUGAUUUCACUUGUUGUUUCAAAUAGCCAAGAAACUAGACAAUUCGAUCAACCACAAAUGCUAGAGCAGCCUCUUUCUCGAACAAUCAAAGGAUGCAAAGCCAAGUGUAACACACAAGCCACUCUUACUUGUUUGUAAGAUACUCCCUCGGCACUUCAGUUUGGAGCACUGUGGAGUCAUGAACUUGUGCAAACAUUCGAUUCUAAAGUGGGGUGUG